GACCGAUACAACACUAGUGUACCACGGAUGUAAACAAACCAGAACAGGAGUAGCUCCGACGCCACAUUACUGCCUCCAACUUCAUCGCUGGAUAUUAAAAAAAGUCCCUCGUUUACGGUAUCAGCGCUUACAUUUUAAAAACUAUCAAUCUCUCGAAGCUCAUGGACAUUUAAAGAAUGGCUUGGUGCAGGAUGUUCACAUUUCGACCGCAGGACUGCGACAACAUAGUCGUCACUCGUUGCUCCUCUCAGAAACAUGAUACAGCUCUUACUUGAACAUCCUUGAACUUGAAUUGUACCUUGAAUAUCAUCUUAAACAUCACAUGACUAAAACAGAGCGUGCGGUGUUUGUCGGUGUAACAGAUGUGUGUCCCAGAUGUAGGGAUGGUGCCCAGUCUGGGUCAGUCUCCAUCAUUUCAUAAGCUGGUUCACCUGCAAUCACAGGUUUUAUUUAGAAAGCUAGGAGUUUGAUAAAAUACCAAUGUUCAUGAAAACAGCACCAGAGGAGAUUGACCCCGAAAAAUACCCAGAGCUUGCUCAUAUCCAGGCAAUUAUCCAUGAUGAAGACAGGACCCCAGCAGAAAAAGCACAAAGUUUAAAGAAUGAGGGCAAUGAAUAUUUUAAAGAGAAGAACUACCAAAAGGCCAUCCUGGCAUAUACAGCAGCUUUGAAGAAUAAAUGUGAUGACCAAGACCUGGAUACUGUUCUUCUCACCAACCGUGCAGCCGCACACUUUCAUCUUGGCAACAUGCGAUCUGCAUUGAAUGACUCUGCAGCCGCAAAGAAGCUUAACCCACAGCAUCUUAAAGCCUUGAUUAGAGGUGCUCAGUGUUGUAUUGAGUUGCGUAACUUUGGGGCAGCCAUUCAAUGGUGUGAAGACGGUCUUAAAGCUCAUCCUACAGACAAGAAGUUGCAAGACCUGAGAACAGCAGCAGACAAACACAAGAGGGCAGCAGAAAGAGAUGCCAGAAAGGCCAAGGUCAAAGAAAAGAAGUUGAAUAAUCAGAAGGAUGCUCUUUUGUCUGCGAUAAAGGCGCGAGGCAUCAAGCUUUUUCAGUCUGUGACGCCUCGUCAGUCGGGUUCAGAUGGCGAAGAUGAUGAUGAAGGGUCCUCAACGGCAAUAGCUGAGCUGAGCCUGGAAGGUCUUACCUCACAUCAAGCCACGGGGGCUCAGGUCUUUCUGGACGAGCAGGACUUGCUGCAUUGGCCUGUGCUGUUCCUCUAUCCGGAACAUCAGCAGAGUGACUUCAUCUCUGCUUUCUGUGAGAACAACAGGUUUUUGGAUCACUUUGUCGUCAUGUUUGGGGAAGAACUCCCACCUUGGGAUGCGGACAGAAAAUACCACAUUCAAAAUUUACAGCUGUUCUUCGAGGAUGAAGAGACACAGACACUCUACAAAGUGGACCCAGAGACUUCACUUUUAAAGGUGCUGCAACACAAAAGGUAUUUUGUCAAGGCGGGGACGCCCAGCUUUAUCAUUUUGGUGAAUGGCUCAUCAUUCUGGAAGCAGUAUUUAACAGGAAAGAAGAUACGGGGAUUGUGAAAAAAUGGCUCUUUAGUUUUAAUGCCACAUGAAAAUGGUCUUGCUGACCCAAAGAUUUUAUUCACCAGGAGAAAACUGACUUUGUUGUGCAAGAGCUGGUAAGACUAUAUUGUAUGGCUGUAAAACUUGCCAAUCUGAUGCUCUUCUGAAACUUGCUCAAAUUACCUUUAAUCAUGUUGUUAAUAAUAGGUAAUGAUGUUUAUCUACUGUAUGUAAAGACAUUUAUCAUGUUAACGAUUUCAAAAAUAUAUAUAUAUAUAUAUGAUGGAUGAUUUAACCUGUUAAUGUGCUCCACUUAUCAGUCAUUUCUAUGGUAUUCCUAGGAAAACACAGUGACCUAUCCUUAGUAAGCUAUUAUUUUGAAAAGACUAAUUGUGAUCUCUGGUGAUCUCCACAUUGGUAACCGUUACUCUACAUCAUGGACAGACGAAGGAAGAAGCUGAAAAUCCUUGGACAAUUAAUUCAACAAGGAAUUCACAACUAAAUCCACACACACAAAGUAUAACAUAGAGUCUACAGUAUUACUAAGUGCAUUUACAUGUCACAUUACAGAUGGGCCCAAUUGACAUAACUGACAGGCUGUAUUUUACAAAAUAGAUCUGAAGUUAAACAGGUUUUUAAAAACAUGUGUGACUGAAGCGGACUCACUUUCACAAAAGUGUAUUAUUUACACUGAAGAAAUUAUAGCCAUCAUGAGCGUCUCAAUGGUGUUGUAAAUAAAACAGAAUUUUUACAUUUUAAAUGAACUGCUUCCAAUUGAUGCCUGCCGCCUAAGUCUCGAGCCCAAUGGGUUUAGGUCAGAACACUUGACAAUUGAUGAAUACAUUUUUUUAUUUUUUUAUUUAUGGUGAACAAAACCAUAAUUCUCUCACACUCCUUCCAUGGUCUUGGUUCCUGUAAAUUCUUGGAAUUCCUAAUAAGUAUUUGUUGUAUGAUUGUCUUCCAUUACAAAUAACAAGUAUCUUUAACCACAUAUCUUUACAGUCUGGAUUAGUUUAAUCAACGUCAAGAUUAUCAUUAAAUGAUUGAGAAGAAACAAUUGAAGUCCAGACUGACAGUGAAUUCAACAAAUUCUAUCUCAAAGCUGCAUUUGAUACGUCUUAUUUUUGAGGAGGAUAGUAAGGAGGUGCUGGGUUGGGGUCCAUCAUUACAAUCUGAGGUGCUGGGGCGGGCUGCAUCAUUACUAUAGGAGCAGGCUGAUGCACAAUAGUUUGGUUGUGUACAUUAAGGACAACUGGCGUUUUGCUUCGGUGUUUAAUCUCA